CUCCAAUGAGAGGCUCACAUAACACCCACAGCAGCGGUCUGAGCGGCUCCAUGUUGGAUCUGCCUGCUCUUAGAAAUACAUUGGAGCUCUGUCAAUCCGUCUGUCUGCGCGUAUUGUCUGACACACGGCCGGGCAGCCGGCUCUGCUCCCGGGCUCAGGUAGGAGGGAUGUAGCCGACAGACCGCGCUGUCACCACCAAAUAUUCCUCGGAGCUUUUUGUUCCAUAAAACCGGCGUCAUUCCCGCACUUGUGAGCGGGGCUGAGAAACCAGUUUAGAGGCGCACCUGAACAACGGAGCGAAAAGUGGCAUGCAGGCGGAGGAAGAAAUAAUUGGAUUGAGAUAACGCCUCGUAGGCAUGAUGUUCACGCUCACUGAGGUUGCGUCCCUGAAUGACAUCCAGCCGACGUACCGCAUCCUGAAGCCAUGGUGGGACGUCUUCAUGGACUACCUGGGGCUGGUCAUGCUCAUGCUAGCCAUAUUCGCCAUGACCAUGCAGAUCACCAAGGACCAGGUGGCUUGCCUUCCUUGUCUCGAGGAACCGGACGAGGCUUCGGGGGUGAAGCCUAAUUCGUUCACGCAGCAGAGUGCACAGAAUGGGGCUUCAGCAGCAGCCCCCGUAUCAACAUCCCUACCCCUAGUCACUAAGGAUAUGCCGGACGAAAUGGCCCAUGAGAUCCACGUCACACACCAAUACAAUCAACCUGAACCGACAGGGGUCAGGACCAACCUGGACUACCAACAAUAUAUCUUCAUCAACCAAAUAUGUUACCAUGUUGCCUUGCCCUGGUAUUCCAAGUACUUUCCUUACCUCACCCUCAUCCACACCAUUGUUCUCAUGGUCAGUAGCAACUUCUGGUUCAAAUACCCCAAAACCAGCUCAAAGAUUGAGCACUUUGUUUCAAUUCUAGGUAGAUGUUUUGAGUCUCCCUGGACUACGAAGGCUUUGUCUGAGACAGCUUGUGAGGACUCUGAGGAGAACAAACAGCGGUUGACAGGCACCUCCAUGGCCCAGAAACAUGUAUCUUUAGAGGGGAAGGACGAAAGCACAAAUGUGAACUCCUCCACACCCAUGAUUGGGGUGAAGUUCUCUGCAGAUAAGCCUAUCGCAGAGGUCCCGAGCAGUAUGACAAUCCUGGACAAAAAAGACGGAGAGCAGGCCAAAGCCCUGUUCGAGAAAGUACGAAAAUUUCGAGCUCAUGUGGAGGACAGCGAUUUUAUCUACAAGCUUUACGUAGCGCAGACUGUCGUCAAAACGGUCAAGUUUAUUUUGAUAUUAUCCUACACUUCUACAUUUUUGGCUAAAAUAAAUUUUAAGCACAUUUGUGAACCCGAUAUUAAGCAGCUAACUGGAUACCGAAGGUUCUACUGUACGCACAACAUGGCUUUCAUGCUGAACAAGCUGCUCAUUAGCUACAUGGCUUUAAUCUUGAUCUACGGGAUGGCUUGCUUGUACUCUCUCUUCUGGGUGUUUCGAAGACCGCUCAAAGAGUACUCAUUCGAGAAGGUCCGUGAGGAGAGCAGCUUUAGUGACAUUCCUGACGUCAAAAAUGACUUUGCAUUCCUCCUACACAUGGUUGACCAAUAUGACCAACUCUACUCCAAACGCUUUGGGGUCUUCUUGUCCGAGGUCAGUGAAAACAAGCUUAGGGAAAUCAGCCUUAAUCACGAGUGGACCGUUGAAAAACUGAGGCAGCUUGUGAUCCGUAAUGCAAUGGACCAGCAGGAGCUGCACCUUUUCAUGCUCUCUGGUCUUCCCAAUGCAGUGUUUGACCUAACAGACCUGGAAGUGCUGAAACUGGAGCUCAUUCCUGACGUGAGAUUCUAUGCCAAGGUCUCCCAAAUGAGCAGUCUGCUGGAGCUGCAUCUCCUGCACUGUCCGGCCAAAGUUGAGCAAAACGGCUUUGCUUUCCUCCGGGAUCAUCUCCGCUGCCUUCACGUCAAGUUCACUGAUGUUGCAGAGAUCCCGGGGUGGGUGUACUUGCUGAGGAGUUUGAGGGAGCUCAACCUCAUGGGCAACUUGAGCUCUGAAAAUAACAAAAUGAUCGGGCUAGAGUCCAUGCGAGAUUUGAGGCAUUUAAAGACAUUAUGCUUGAAGAGCAACCUCACAAAAAUGCCCACAAACAUCACAGAGCUUUCACCACAUCUGAUUAAGCUAGUGGUGCACAAUGAUGGUACUAAACUUGUGGUACUGAAUAGUCUGAAAAAGAUGACAAAUCUAAUUGAACUGGAGCUGCACACGUGCGAACUCGAGAGGAUUCCCCACGCUAUUUUCAGCUUGACCAACCUGCAGGAGCUCGACCUUAAAUCGAACAACAUCCGAACCAUAGAAGAGAUCAUCAGCUUCCAGCACCUCAAGAGGCUGACGUGCCUCAAACUGUGGCACAACAAAAUCAUCACCAUCCCUUCCUCCAUCGCCCAAGUCAAGUCUCUGGAGUCUCUCCACCUGUCCCACAAUAAACUGGAGACCCUGCCCCCAGCCCUGUUCACGCUCCCUAAGCUGCGGCACUUGGAUGUGGGCCACAACUCCAUCACAGUGCUCCCUCCGGAUGUGGGCCUCCUCCACAAUCUCCAGCACUUAGCCAUCAACUCCAACAAGCUGGAGGUGCUGCCCAAGCCUCUGUUCAGAUGCACCAAGCUCAAGGCGCUGUGUUUGGGGAACAACGCGCUCACCGUGCUGCCGGAGACGGUGGGUCAGCUGGUGCAGCUCAAUCAGCUGGAGCUGAGAGGAAACUGCCUGGACAGACUGCCUGUGCAGCUGGGAAACUGCCGCCUGCUGCGUAAAAGCGGCCUUGUGGUGGAGGACCAUCUCUUUGAAGCACUGCCUGUGGAAGUGAAGGAGAACAUCAGCAGAGAGAACAACGUGUCGUUUACCAGUGGCUUAUAGCACACAAAGCAUGACAAGCUUGCAUAAUGGAUGUACGAGUAAACUCUUAAUGUGUGUUCACACUGGACGCGAAGCAAAUCUUUUGUGCGUCGCGAUUACAUGUUAAAUCAGUGAGCACACUUGCAAAAGCAUUAAUUAGGUUUUUACUAACCAAUAUCAGUAUAUUGUUAUUACUGCAUCAUUUUGAUACGUCUAUUUAAAUUAAAUCAAGGCAAAAUAUGUUAAUUUCGUGAAGAUAAGCCCCGCCUCCUCGCCAGUGGUAUAGUUUGAGUGACGCUAGUAAACACAAAUGAUGCUGCGGUCAAACUCGCAAGAGUAACGUGAUGCGGUUCUUCGCUUAGCGUCCGGUGUGAACGCACCAUGAUUUUAAUGAGUUGUCUUAUAUAUAUAUAUAAAAUGGUACAGAAUGCUUUUCUUGUUGCUGAGUAUGUAAUUCAGCAACUUUUUUUUCAUAGCUUUGAGUAAUAAAACAUUUUGCUUCUGUAUGUUACUUCUCUAUAGACCAAAACUGUUCACUCCAAUGACACAGUAUGUAGAUUUAUCAUUAUUGUUUUAGGUACUCAGGUAUAAUUGUAACCAUGGGGAACAAUCUUUUUGCCUUAACUGCUGCUACUUUUUUUUUUUAACAGUGAGGGCUUUCACAAACAAAAAGGCCAAAAAUGAAUAUUUCAUGUUUUCUUGUCAGUUUUUCAUACAAAGAGACUUCAAUGUAAGGGGACACAAUGAAACACUUUUUUCUUAGUAGUUGUUUGAAAUCAUAUAACCUUUAUUUUCCUCCAUGUCUUGUAGCCAACCGAUCGAGUUUAGAGUUGUGAAACUCAGGUGGAAACUAAGCACCAGAAUUGACCCUUUACCUUACUUGUGUAGAGAUUGUAUACUAAAGGCUUAUAGUAAUUCAUUUGCACAUUGAAAACUUAAUGAUUUAAAGAUCAGUGAAUGUCCUUUCUGAUAACAUGUCCCAAGACCAACGUGAGCUGAUAAAGGGAACUCUGUUGACUGUCUUUUUUUUUCUAAAUCAUACUUUGAAAUUUGAAAUGUGUAAUAAAAACUGCGCACAGGUAAAACUGAUUAUUUAACAGAUUCUUGUAAUGACGUUAAACAAUUUCUGCCUUUUAAUGUAUUUCUGCAUACACCUAUAUAUAUAUACAGUAUUUAUUCUUCAGAGCUGCUGUACCACCUUUGAGAUCCUGCUCAAAGUUCACACCUUUAUGGCACAAUAAAUCAAGAUUUUAGAA